CAUGAUAGGAAGAAAAGAAUUCUGCACUUCAGGACAGAUGCCAAUGACUGACCUAAGCUGCCUUGCCUAUGUACUAGAAGAAUGGACUGUUGUGGAGUACCUGAAGAAAUACCUUUUUUAUGUGGUCAUUGCCUCACUAGCAAUGAGUGCAAUGUUAUUUUUUUUUAUAGUUCCUUUAACAAUUGUCUUUUUCAUUUACCUUACCAAUAUUUUGCUUUUAAUGUAUCAGAGGAACAGUGAGAUAAAAGCAGAUCCCUUGAGUGAUGUUUGGGAUAGUGCAAGGAAAACUAUAGCAAGCUUUUGGGAUGUGUAUGCAAGAAUAUGGCAUGGUUAUGAGCUUCAUGGUGUGGAAAACCUACCAGAAGGACCAGGCAUUCUGGUGUAUUACCAUGGAGCUAUUCCUAUAGACUACCUUUACUUCUUGUCCAGGCUGUUUCUCUGGAAGAAAAGACUUUGUCUGUCAGUAGCUGAUCAUUUUGUCUUUCGCUUACCAGGACUGAAAUUAUUACUGGGAGUGACAGGCGUUAUGCCAGGUACAAGAGAGGAAUGCCUCAUUGCCCUGAAGAAUGGAUAUUUGGUGUCCAUCUCACCAGGUGGAGUCAGAGAAGCACUAUUCAGUGAUGAAAGUUAUCAACUCAUGUGGGGAAAUCGAAAAGGCUUUGCUCGGGUCGCUCUAGACGCAAAAGUGCCCAUCAUUCCAAUGUACACUCAAAAUGUCCGGGAAGGAUAUAGGAUGCUUAAAGAAAGAAGGCUUUUUAGACGGUUGUAUGAAAGCACUCGAUUGCCAUUUACUCCUCCAUAUGGAGGACUUCCAGUUAAAUUUCGCACAUACAUUGGGGAGCCAAUCCCUUACGAUCCAAAUAUCACUACAGAUGAAUUAGUUGAAAAGACAAAGACUGCCAUCCAGGCUCUCAUAAGCAAGCAUCAAACAAUCCCAGGCAGCAUAUGGAAGGCUUUACUGGAGCGAUUUGAUAAACGUAAAAGUGAUUAG